ACUCAUUACGAUCUGCUCUGGUCACACUGCAUGACAUUGAGUUGACUUUUGGUUUGGUUUUUUAAUUACAAUACAUUUUAUUUGCAAAGAACGGACAGAACAUACAUUGAUAUUGAUUGUGGCAUCUCGCGUUACUUCACAUACGACUUCUCAUCGAGAAUGAGCUGGAGUGCAAGUGUUGACGACUUUUCUAGCGGGUUCUAGAGGUUGAGGAAGCAGCGCGUGCAGUGGUCGGGACGGUCGGUCAUCCUCUGCCUCUGUGUGAGGCACCUCUCACGGCCGUGAGACAACAAUUGCAUGCGUGCGUGCCUGCGCCACAGACAGACCACAACAAACGAUUAUAAAUUAUUUUAGUGACAACAGCACACACAUAUCCGAGAUGCGUUCGCGUAGCAAUUCGGGCGUCCGCUUGGACUACUAUCAGCGGAUUGUUCACCGUCUGAUAUUGGCGCACCAGGAGCCGGUGACCGGCCUGUUUCCUGCCUCCAAUGUCAAUUCGCACGCAUGGAUUCGCGACAAUGUGUACUGCAUCCUGGCCGUUUGGGGCCUGUCGAUGGCCUACAAGAAGAUCGCCGACCAGGACGAGGAUCGUGCCAAAUGCUAUGAGCUGGAGCAAAGCUGUGUGAAGCUAAUGCGCGGCCUGCUCAUGGCCAUGAUGAAUCAAAAAGACAAGGUCGAAAAGUUCAAGAUGACCCAGAGCCCGUGCGACUCCCUGCAUGCCAAGUACUCCAGCAAGAAUGGCCUGCCCGUGGUCGGGGAUAACGAGUGGGGUCAUCUGCAGAUCGAUGCCGUAUCCCUAUAUCUCCUGAUCCUGGCCCAAAUGACAGCCUCCGGCCUGCAGAUUGUCUUCACCCUGGACGAAGUCUCGUUCAUACAGAAUCUGGUCUUUUACAUUGAGUCGGCCUACUCCAUACCUGACUAUGGCAUCUGGGAGCGUGGCGACAAGACAAAUCAUGGUGAGCCGGAAUUGAAUGCCAGCUCCAUUGGCAUGGCCAAGGCCGCCUUGGAGGCCAUGAACGAGUUGGAUUUGUUUGGCGCACGCGGCGGACCGGCCAGCGUCAUUCAUGUGCUGGCCGACGAAGCCCACAAAUGCCAGGCCGUCCUGCAGUCGAUGCUGCCACGUGAAUCGAACAGCAAGGAGCUGGACUCGGGCCUCCUCUGUGUGAUUGGCUUUCCCGCGUUCGCCGUGGACGAUGCCCAGCUGAUACACAACACCAAAGACGCGAUUCUGUCCCGCCUUCAGGGCAAAUACGGUUGCAAGCGUUUCCUGCGCGAUGGCUAUCGCACACCGAAAGAGGAUCCCUCCAGGCUCUACUACGAGCGAUGGGAGCUGCGCAUGUUCGAGAACAUCGAGUGCGAAUGGCCGCUCUUCUUCUGCUACCUCAUCCUGUUCCAUGCAUUUCAAAACGACAAGCGCUCGGUGCAGGAGUAUGCCGAUCGUUUGGAAAAGAUAAUGGUCCGCUCAGAGGAUGGCACACUGCUGGUGCCCGAAAGCUAUGCUGUGCGCCAGGAUCUGGUUGGACAAGAGUACCAAAAGCCCGGCUCACAGAUACGCGAAGUUGUGGGCCGUUGCCCCUUCCUUUGGGGUCAAUCGCUCUUCAUUUUGGGCCGCCUACUGCAAGAGGGUUUCCUGGCUGUGGGUGAAUUGGAUCCAUUGAAUCGUCGCCUGGGUGCCCAAAAGAAACCCGAUGUGGUCGUCCAAGUGGUGAUCAUUGCCGAGGACAAUGAGAUACGCGACAAGCUGGCCGAGCAUGAUCUGCACGUCCAGACCAUAGCCGAGGUGGCGCCCAUCGAGGUGCAGCCGGCCCGUGUCCUUAGCCACCUGUACACGUAUCUGGGGCGCAACCGCAAGCUGGGCCUCAGUGGCCGCAAGUCCCGGGAUGUGGGCAUACUCAGCACCAGCAAGCUCUACUCCCUAAAGGAUCGUAUAUUUGCCUUCACGCCGCAGCAUAUCGACUAUGAAGAAUACUAUACAACACGCGAUCCCGAUUUGCUUGCCAGCAAUUUUACCACAAAUUUAGCAUUCUUGACCAACAAUUGGCGUCACAUGUUGGGCAGGCCGACAAUCACACUAAUGGCAACCCACUAUAUGCUAGACCAGGACAAGAUACCGCUGGCCAUGAUCCAAACGAUGAGGAAACUCAAGUCUGGCUACAUCAACGGCACCCGCGUGAUGUUGGGCAGCCUGAAGGACUUUCUGAACACGUCGGCCAUCACGGACUUGAGUUUUCUGGGCAGCACCGAGGACGGUUAUCCGGAUCGUCUGCAUUCCGAUGUGCAGACGUAUUUGGACGAGCACCUGCUGCGGUCCUUCAGCAAUCGCAGUACCAUGAACCUACGCGGCGGACAGCUAAGGCCACGAACUCUACGCCGUCGCAUGUCCUGCAAGGGAGCCAUCAAGAAGACACGCUCCAUAAAUGUGGACUCCGAUAACCUGGGAAUGGAGGGACCCGCACCCCUCACCGAACGACGGCUGUCGUCGGUGGUACCGCCGCCCUGGCUCCAGCCCAACAAGCAGAGCCACGUCUCAGUGUUCGCCACCACGCCCGAGGAGGGGCCCAGCACCCCGAGUCUCCAUCUGGGCAACGAGCUGGUCAUACGCGAGAAUAUCUAUCCCGUGGAUCCCCACGGAUCGAACCGCACGACCAUCGAUAGACGCAGCGAGUUUGUUCGCCAGCACGAGAUAACGGUGCCAAAAAUUCUCAUCCAACGCCAUCGGGCGGAAACCAAUUUUGCGGACACAGAGGUGGAGGAGUUGAUUGCCAUGUUGCGCGAGACGGAGAAUCUCGAGGAGCAGGGCGACAUACUGCAGUUCCUGGUCGAUACCCAGGGCCUGGACUUUAAUACGGCUGGCCUGGGAUUCAAGAAUAAAUCGGAUGAUAAUGCCUCUGCCGCUGCCGGAGCUGGAGAGCUCGAGCAAGCAUUCGUGGACGAGGUGGUGCUCGGACUGGCUGCUAGUGCUGCAGGUGGUGGUGGGACAGGUGCUGGUGGUGGUGCGGUUGCUUCUUCAUCGGGGGACGGGCGCGAGGUCAACACUAAGCCUAAGUCAGCGGCAGCUGCUAUCCUGCUGCCCACAGUGAUCAUCGAUGAUGCUGGUGCUUCAAUUACAGCCACCCCGAAGGCCGCCACGGAUAAGGCCAAUGCCACCUCGACACCCAAAACGACUUCGACUCCUGGAGGCGCCACCGCUGCCACCGCCAAUAACAGCAGCAGCAGCAGCAACAGCCACAACAUCAGCAGCAGCAGCAACAGCAACAACAGCAGCCUGAAUCUGAAUGUGAAUCCGUCUAACAACGAUUCUUCUCACUCUGAAGGAAUGCUGGAGGAGGGACGCGUUGUGACCGUUCGAGACCUGCUCAAAGGCCUCUACGAGAAGGCCUGCCAGCAGAAGCUCUGGGGACUGGUGCGCCACACGGCCGGGAUGUUGGGAAAACGAGUGGAGGAUCUGGCCAAGGCCGUCACCGAUUUGCUGGUGCGCCAGAAGCAGGUCACCGUGGGCAUGCCGCCGAACAAUGAGCACACCAUUACGGCACCCUUGCCCGAAGGCGAGCUGCGUCAACUGAUACACGAUGCCUAUGGAGACGAUGAGAGCACAUCAAUGCUCACCCAGGAGCUGAUGGUCUACCUGGCCAUGUUCAUACGCACCGAGCCCCAGUUGUUCCACGAAAUGUUGCGUCUGCGCGUUGGCCUGAUCAUUCAGGUGAUGGCCAAAGAGCUGUCGCGCACUUUGAACUGUGACGGUGAGGCGGCAUCGGAGCAUUUACUUAACCUCUCGCCCUUCGAAAUGAAGAAUCUCCUCUACCACAUACUCAGCGGCAAGGAGUUUGCUGUCAGCAGUGUGGCACGUGGCAAUCUGUCGAUUGUCAGCUGCAAGAGCAGUCGCGUCAGCAAGAAGAGCCAGAUCGGUCUGGGCGAUCCAGAGGGCGAGGAUGCCCUGCUUGCCACCAUCGAUGAUCGGCAGGGCCAGUGGCUGCGUCGCCGUCGCCUCGACGGCGCCCUUAAUCGUGUGCCGCGUGACUUUUACUCGCGCGUCUGGACAGUGCUGGAGAAGUGUCAGGGCCUGGCCAUCGAGGGACGGGUGCUGCAGCAGAGCCUCACCCAGGAGAUGACGCCCGGCGAGCUGAAGUUUGCUCUCGAAGUGGAGACGGCCCUCAAUCAGAUACCACAGCCCGAGUACCGGCAACUGGUGGUCGAAGCCCUAAUGGUGCUCACCCUGGUCACCGAGCACAAUAUGGUGCCCUCACUGGGGGGCAUCAUUUACGUGGAGCAUCUGGUGCACAAGGCCAAUCAGUUGUUCCUCGAGGAUCAGCGCAAGGUGCAGGGCGAUGCCACACUGUGUUGUGCCAAGAUCAAGGAUGGAAAGGAGCAGCAGCAGGCCGCUUCAGGGAUGUUACUGUGCGGCGGCGCGGCCUAUAUUUGUCAGCAUCUGUACGACAGUGCUCCCAGUGGCAGCUAUGGAACCAUGACCUACUUGUCGCGUGCCGUGGCUCUCGUACUGGACUGUGUGCCCAAGCACGGCGAAAUGGAGUGCGCCAUCUCCUAAGGAUCCGCAGAGGAAGGGAUCUCCGCCCACUUAAUGCCAAUUUUUGCAACUUUGGAAACGUCCUCUCUCUCAGUCACUCACUCUCUCUCUCUCUUUUUCUCUACCGUUUUCUCUGUGUCUGUCUAACCCCCCCGCCCCCCUGUCUUGUGUGUGUAUUAAACCCAACGAUAAUUUUAGUCCAGAGGCCGAUUGUAUAUAUUUUAAAGACCUCUAACCAUCCCCUUUUUUUUGAGAUAAUUUCGUUUGUGCGCGUUUUUGUGUUUGUUUUAACCCAAAAAUUCCGAAAAAAAUCGCUUAAAACGAGUUGUAUAACUUUUAGACCCUAAUGACUCGUAUUCCCAUUCAAAAUCUUAUCCGUUAUGGAUAGAAACAACACCCCAAGCCGCUGCCGCUACAGAUUUCUGUGUUUGUACGGACGCGCGAAUCGACGAAACUUUUUCUAAUUGUUGAAACUUUUCAUUUUGAAAAAUGCUCCAACACCCCCCUACCCCCCCCACAUUUUAUACGUUUGGAUUGUAAUGAAUGAACGCGAAAGAUUUACAAUAAAAAUGUGUGUUUGCAAUGUUUA